UCCUUGCCCAGCCCUGUCCUUCCCCCAGGUUCUUCCUAUCUCCUUGGCCACACUGCCUUCCUCCUUAACAACUUGCCUCUCCCCUUGCCCACCAUCGCCGCCCCGUCCCUCGGCCCCCACUCCUCUAGCCCCAUCCUUUGCUGCCUGCCCCCUCCCUUCCUUCCGACCCGCCUCCUGUGUCUCCCAGCCCCGCUCUGACGUGGGAGGUGAGGGGGGGUGGGGGGAUGGAUGACUCACAGUGUUAUGAUGCAGUUCCACAACACACAGCCACAUUCACCCACAGACCGAGGUACAGAACGAGAGACAACCUCUGCCCCCCCCAGCAGCUGGCCAGCUUUGCAGCCCCAGUCUUGAGUCCCCAACUACCCUCCCCCCACCCACCCCCAUCCCCUUCCCAAUUGAAGGAGCGGAAAGAGAAGAGAGAAGAGUGAGCAGAGAGAUUGAGAGAUUGAGAGAGAGAGAGAGAUAGACGGAGAUCUCUGGAGCAGACCUCAAGCACCUUCAGCCACUCGGAAGCUGGCGCGUGGGCAGAAGGCAAUCUUCCUCUAUUCCUAAUCAGAACCCAGCAAUUACUUCAUCUUCAGUCACCCACAGUCACUGCUGUUUGUCCCUGCCCCUGGGAGAAGGUAGAAACAUUUUCUGCCUUGUGCCCCAAAGCACAGCUGUUAAAAAUAAGAGUCCCCCUUCUGGUGUUCAUUGUGGCCGUUGCUCUCACCCUACCACACAGCCCUGCCCAGCCCAGGAAUCACGCUCAUCUGACACGCUACCCAUUUCCCAUUGGCUCCAGCUGUCAGAUUGCCUGGAGAAAAUGUUAUUUUCUGCCUAAGUCUUUAACCAAGGGCUAAAGCAACAGUUAGUAAAGAAUAGGAAAGAGAAAGACCAAGGGGCCCAGAGGCUGGGAAGACAGGCAGGUGCUUAUUCUGGGCCAGAAUGAGUGAACCAAGGUGCGGGAAUGGGCGGCCACAUGUGAGGGCUUUGGUACUGCUGGAAACAACUAUAAAGUUCUAGUGAAGAGUCCCAGAGCGCAGGACCCUGACCUCAGGAGAGAACUGAAUCAGGGUUUGUAUACCUGCCUGCAUGCUCCCCCUCCCCUCACCUUACACCUCCCCCGCCAAAAUGUAUAAAGGAUCAAUUGUAUUGCAAACAAAGGCCAUGUAAAAGAAAGACCUUCAGGCAUCCCCAACUCUUAAAAGACUCUGAUCCCCUGAGACACAGUGCCCACCAAUGCCUGUGCGCUGCAGAGCCUCACGAAGAAUUGAAAACCAAGGAGAGGGCACUUGCAGAUGACGUUGCUCCCAUGGCAGCGUCUGUGCCCGUGGGCUUCUCUCUGUGGAAAAUGGUGGAGGCUGCUUCUGUCCCAGGAGGGAGAAACACCGACUCCCUGGCUUUGGCGCCAGAAGCCUGGAUCGGCUGCCAGGUGACUUCUGUUUCUAUCUGAUUCUCGUCUGGGGGGGCCCUCGCCGGGCAGCCCCCCAACACUCCUCCUGCCCUGAAACACGGCUCUAGCCAACCUGCUCCGCUGCUUCACCUGCGACCGUCUCUGCGGGGGCUGCACGGCGCCAGCCCCUCCAGCCCGCCAGGGCAUUGUCCUCCAGCCCGUCAUGCCCAGCUGUGACCCCGGUCCAGGCCCUGCCUGCCUCCCCACCAAGACUUUCCGCAGCUACCUGCCCCGCUGCCACCGCACUUACAGCUGUGUCCACUGCCGUGCACACCUGGCCAAACACGAUGAGCUUAUUUCCAAGUCCUUCCAAGGGAGCCAUGGCCGAGCCUACCUGUUUAACUCCGUGGUCAACGUGGGUUGCGGGCCAGCUGAACAGCGCCUCUUGCUCACGGGGCUCCACUCCGUAGCUGACAUUUUCUGUGAGAGCUGCAAAACCACACUGGGCUGGAAAUAUGAACAAGCUUUUGAGACGAGCCAGAAGUACAAGGAAGGGAAAUACAUCAUUGAAAUGUCACACAUGGUGAAGGACAACGGCUGGGACUGAGGGGCUCAGGCAGGCUGUGCCCUUCCUCCGCAUGCCCCUCCCUCCCCACGGCCCUGCCAAGCAGUCUAUACCAGCAUGAGUACUGCCCCACCCCUGGGGGAAACCUGGCUCCAACCAACCCCUCCCCUACCUCCACCAUAUCCACUACCAGGCACCCUUUGGAACAGGGGUCUGGGGGUACCCCAGGGGUGUUAAGGCUCAGGAGUGGGCAGCAGUCAGGGAGAGACAGAACUGGGGGAAAGGGAUGGUUGUGGGUCCUUCUGCUCUCAAGUUCCUGAAAGUUGAGGCGAUGGCAGGGCAUAGACUCAGGCAGAGAGGAUUGUGGGAGGAAUCUGUUUUUGCUCCGCCUCUUUUUGAGUGAACAGAGGACAAACCUUGGGUCACGGGGCUAGUAGAUGGUGGACCACAGAAUAGCAAAUGAGAAAAGGCUUGGGUUGGAGUGAAAUUCUGGUCUCAGGCAGCAGAACAGACCAGAGUCUCUGAGGAUGAAGUUUCCCACCCCUAUUUGUAGGGAAAAGGACUCACGUGCAGGGAAAACUCAAAUCCCAGGCCCUGGGAAAUAGUAAAAGAAUCAAAGGGGUUUCCAUUUCACUCCACUUGUUAGUUUAUCUUGGCACUGAAGAGGCACUUUCGAAUAUCUAACUUUUGCCGUUGGGUGGGGUAGGGACAGCUGCACGCGGAACAGCCCCCACCCCCAGUCGGCUGCUUCCAGAACAAGCAGUCUUUAUGGGCUUUCUCUGAGGCCCAGUCACUGCUCCUGGGACCCAGUCCCCUGGAGGGGAGGUGGAAAAUCAGUGCUACGGGUCGUCUUUCCCGUGGCUGCCACCAGCGAAUGAAACUUUUGUAUGAUACAUAAAGUGCUUGGGUCUAUUUUUAAUAAAAAGGGAAAAAGCAACUUGA